AUGUUUAAAGACAUCUUUCUUCUUUAUGCAUUAACUUUGUGUGUUAUUCUGCAAGCGAAUAGCGUCGCGACAAUCAAUUGUGAUGGCGAAUCUUCAUCCAUAAAGGAAAAACUUCUGCAGAAGCUGUUAUGUUCGGAUUAUGACAAAACACAACGUCCCGUCAAAAAUCAUCAAACUGCAGUGAAUGUAUCGAUGUCUGUUCAUAUAAAAGAGUAUUACGUCUACGAUAGCGAUUUUCUUAUUCUGUCCGUUUGGAUGACGAUCAGUUGGAAGGACGAAUUUCUCACCUGGAACAAAGCGGAUUAUGAUAUGGAGAAGGUGAACAUCGAUUCCAAUGAAUUAUGGCGUCCAACUAUCGAAACAACUGGAACCAAUAAUGCUGGCGUUCUCGAUAAAUCCUGCUAUGGUCAUACAUGUGAAGUGAUACAUAAUGGCAGUGUUACAUGUGUUUCAAAAUGCCAUUAUGAGGCUCACUGUACCGGUACGUACGCAGACUGGCCGUUUGAUGUGUUGAAUUGUACGAUGCAUUUCAGUAGCUGGUUGGAAUAUACGACUCAGUUAAACCUCACAGCGGAAACAAAAGUAUGGGAGGAUGGAGCAAAAGAUGAUAAAAGAUGGAAAUUAAUGUCUGCCGAAACAGUAUCACGGAAUGAUAUAUAUCAUGAAAGCUUUCCGAUGAUUAAAUUCAUAACUACUUUAGAAAGACAUAUGGGUGUUUAUACUGCCAUCAUGACACCUGGGUUCAUGAUGGUGGCAGUUAGUUUAGCAGUGCUACUGAUUGAUAGUACCAGCUCUGAUAGACUGCAUAUUCUUACUGCCACGUGUUUGGGCCACUAUAUUUUUCUGCAGUUCAUGUACUGGCAUUUGGCAUACAUCAGCAGAGAUGUACCCAAUAUACUGCUUUUCUUCCGCGACUCGCUGCUUAUCAACGUGCUGAUGUUAAUUUUCACCAUCGUUUUGAGACACACUGUACCCAGAAAGAGCAGCUCAGAGCGAUUGAUGGACAGGCUAGCGCUAAGGGCAGCUUCUACUAGUUUGGGUCGCAUAUUGCUACAAGCUGAUCUUAUAGUCGACCCGAAAGGAUCACGACCAUUGGAGGAAAGCCAAACGGAACCCGAAAACACCCGACACGCAGAAAACGGUACAAACGGUGAUACAAUUCAUCUAGUUGUUGAUGGUUGUGACAAUAAUGCAAUAGUUGUGAGUACGGAACAACACCGAACCAAUUUAGGGAUCAUCUUCGUGGAUCGGAUAAUGCUAUUGUGCUGUAUGAUUUGUUAUGCCUUAAUGCUUUUCAAUUUGAUUCCGAAAAAAAUGUUAUAG